CCUUGCCCCAGACGCAGGUUUGUCUUUCUCUUCCCUCUGUCUCCAGGCGCACGCUGCAGUACGUUCCGGAGCCACCAUGGUCAGCGAAUCUCCCGGCGGCCUCUGGAGGCCCGGGUUGCCUGGGGAGGCACUCAAUGUGAAUGUGGGUGGCGUGCGGCGCCGGCUCAGCCCGCGGGCGCUGGCGCAGUUUCCCGACACGCGGCUGGGCCGCCUGCAGGCCGCCGCGUCGGAGGAGCAAGCCCGCCAGCUGUGCGACGACUAUGACCCCAGCAAGCGAGAGUUUUACUUUGACCGGCACCCAGGCUUCUUCCUGUGCCUGCUCCACUUCUACCGCACGGGCCGGCUGCACGUGCUCGAGGAGCUGUGCGUCUUCGCCUUUGGCCAGGAAGCUGAGUACUGGGGGCUGGGCGACUGCUUCCUGGCGGCCUGCUGCAGCGGCCGCUACCACGAGCGGCGCCUCGAGCGCCACAGGCGCAGCUGGGACGAGGAGAGCGACGUGAGCAGCGUGGACACGUCCCCAGACGAGAUCUCCGACUUCAACCAGGACCUGCAGCGCUACCGCGCGGUGCGCUGCGGCCAGCUGCGCAAGCGCCUUUGGCUGACCAUGGAGAACCCGGGCUACUCCCUGCCGAGCAAGCUCUUCAGCUGCGUCUCCAUCGGCGUCGUGCUGGUCUCAAUCGCGGCCAUGUGCAUCCACAGCCUCCCGGAGUACCAGGACCACGAUGAGGAUGACGUGGCUGUGGCCCACCCACUCUUGUUGCGCCUCGAAUACUUCUGCAUUGCCUGGUUCAGCUUCGAGGUGGCCUCCCGCCUGCUGCUGGCCCCAAGCCUGCCCCGCUUCUUCCGGCACCCGCUCAACCUCAUCGACAUUGUUUCCGUGCUGCCUUUCUACCUCACGCUGCUUGUGAGUGUCAUGCUGGGCCGGUCCUCGAAGCUGGGCAGCAUGGGGAAGGUGGUGCAAGUCUUCAGGCUCAUGCGCAUCUUUCGGGUGCUCAAACUGGCCCGCCACUCCACCGGGCUCCGCUCCCUGGGGGCCACCCUUAAGCAUAGCUACCGGGAGGUGGGCAUCCUGCUUCUGUACCUGGCUGUGGGAGUGUCUGUGUUCUCUGGUGUGGCCUACACGGCUGAGAAGGAGGAAGACGUGGGAUUUGACACGAUCCCGGCCUGCUGGUGGUGGGGCACAGUGAGCAUGACGACCGUGGGCUACGGGGACGUGGUGCCUGUGACUGUGGCGGGCAAGCUGGCCGCCUCGGGUUGCAUUCUGGGAGGCAUCCUGGUGGUGGCUCUCCCUAUCACCAUCAUCUUCAACAAAUUCUCCCAUUUCUACCGACGCCAGAAAGCCCUGGAGGCGGCCGUGCGGAACAGUGACCAGCAGGAGGCCAGCCUCUCUGUGGAUGCCUCCAGCACCGAAGAGGGCCCCUCUCAGGCUUCCAAUGAGACAUCUCAGGAGGGAAACUUCCCAGAGCCCAGGCCCCGAGCGUCUGAUUUGGCCCGCAUGUCAUAGAUCGUAGGUCAUAGGACUUAGAAGUGGGAGGGACCCUAGACACCAUCUAGUCUUCAGCUGCAAAUGGAGAAGAUUGAGACCCACGGGUUAAAUGAUUUGCCCUAACAAACAGCAGAACCAGGAUUAGAAUCCCAGGUCUUCUGAUUACACUUUCAUUAUUUUUUCCACUUUUCUCAGCUGCCUUCUCAAGUCUGUGAAAAUCAAGGUCCAUGGAUAUGUCUUUUCUGCCCUUCAGCUGCUCACACCUAUCUGGCUAAAAGUGGCCAAAAGCUGAAAACCUGGAGAUACCCCUCCCCAAGUGGUUCUGGAGCCUUGGAGUGGGAAAGGAUCAUCUCCUUCCUCACCUAAGGAAUAUUCAGGGGGAAAGCCUACAAUCAGUGAGAAGGUAGGCCUGGGAACUCCCACUUUUCUUCUGAAAAUCCAUAGAGGCCUCCAACUGCUUUUCAGAGUAGCUCUCACCAUGGUAUCCCAAAAGAAAAGGCAAGUAUAGAGGAGAUAUUUUAUGGGCUGAGUCCUAAAGUAGAAAUUCCCAUUAGAACUGGGUAAAGUAUGGGGAGAUGGCCUUUAUUUCUGAGACUGAAAGCAUCAAGUUUAUGGGAUAGGGCUGUUUUCCUUUCAUCUAAGAGGAUGGCAGCCAGCAUAUGAAUGGCCUUCUGGUAUUGAAGGAACUGGUGAUAUUUAACCUGGAGAAAAGACCUAGAGAGGGAAAGGAUAACUGACUUGUUGUAUUUGAAGGGCUGUCAUGUGGAAAAGGAAUCACCUAUUUGGUCCUAGAGGGCAGAGUUAAGGAGCAGUGAGUGGAAGUUGCAAAAGAAGCAAACUUAAGUUUGUCUGAAGGAAAAACUUAACCAUUAGAGGUGGGAUGGGCUGCUUUGGGCACUUCCCUUUUUGGAGGGCUUCAAGGAAAAGUGGAAUAAGUACUAGCAGGACAAGUGGAGAAUACUUCUUAGGUAUAGAUCGGACUGUCAUCUUAAGUAUGUACUCUGACAUCCUCCCAGCUCUGAAAUUCUGCCAUUCUUUAAAUCUAUGUUGCCUGGUGAUUCACAUAUCCUUGGGCCCCAUAGGGACAUGAUUCUAGGAUUUUCAGUUUUAGCCUCAGUAUGGUUCUACGUAGGACUCCUUUCUCCUCAUUUCCUAAGUGAGCUAAAGCAUCCUGAUUCUUCGGUUAAGCUGAGCCAGCCCUUCAAGAGUUAGGUCUUGUGUCUCCCACGCUCCUUGUUUUGGCCAGAUUUCACAACUGUACACAUCCUUUCCUGCCCACUCUCAUACUCACUGAGACCUGCCCUUGAGCUCUUCAACAAGGCUUGAUUGCUUCCUGCACUCUCUCUUUUGAGACAGUGUCUGUUUGGGGGUAUCUGACCAAUCAGGUCCUGCCCAGUUUUAGAGCUCAAAUCACCUUGUCUCCAGACUGUAGCAGCCGUAGCAUCAAAAUGAGAAGCUUGCGGAAGUGAGGAGGAAGGACUUUGGAUCUGAAAGGAAAGGACCUGGUUUUGAAUCUCAACUGUGCUAUGUAUUCCCUGUCUUACUUUGGCCCCUCAUUUUGCUUUUUCAGCCCAGUUAUCUAUCUAUAAAAAAGAGAGGGUUAGACUAGAUGGUAUCUAAAGUCUACUUAACCUCUGGUAUGUUCUAAGGUCACUUUCAGUUCUGUGUUCCUAUGGUCUUAUUCUUCGGCAAUUUUAGGGAUGUCUGACCUUGGCCCUUCUUGAGUCAAUGCUACUGCUUGCUGAGUAAAAGAAGUUCUACCCCUGCCAGCUUUCCUGGUCUGAGCUUGGGAUUCAUUAGCCAAGUCUUCCUCCUGCUUUUGCUUCUGCUCUCUUAUAGGCAUCCCCAUAGGCCAGACAUCAUCUGCAACCAUCCCUUAAGUCUGAGUGAAACAACUUCUUUGUGGUCAGCCCCCAAGCUGCAAAUGGGGUCAUAAAUCAUGGCAUGGUAGAUGAAGGAGCCCUGGACUGGUUAUGGAUUGCGUUUUCUUUUGUGUCCUUUGUACUCAUCAUGGAUCAUUGUGUUGAUGAGAAGAGCUGCGUCAAUCAUAGUUGAUCAUCGCACAAUGUUGCUGAUACUAUAGGAGAGCUGGAUCCAAGUCUUGGCUGAUACUAGUUGUAUGAUUUAGGGCAAGUUAAUACCCUUUAGUUUCCUCCUUUAAAAUGGCAGUAAUCAUACUUCCCACAGAACUUUUGAGAGUAUCAAUUAAAAAGAUAAUUUAUAGAAUACUUUGUAAUUAUGAAAUGCUUAGACAUGUCAAAUAAUUCUAACUGCAAGCACCAUUAUCUGGCCCUUACACAUUUACCCUAAAGCCUCAGGCUUUUAGGCUUCUUCUUCUAACUGUAUUUUGCCACAGUCAUGUUUGUCUCUGGUCUUUCUCUCACCCUCAUCUCUUUUCCUCUCUUUUCUUACUAUAUUCUCCAUUCCCAUUUAAUUGGUCUCUUUCUUCCCACCACCUAAAUCCCAGCCUAGAGUGUCACUCCCCAUUACCAUUAGCACAAGAAAUAGGAUAACUGACACAGACCCAAGGCCCAUUUCAGAAGGCUAAACUACAAUUGUUAAAUUGCCCCACUGUGCCCAUGAAUUUCCUCUACAGAAUUUCUGGCAGGCGAUCUUUCAUUUUUUAUAUUAUAUCAAGUGACCAGGAGCCAUCAUUACAAGAUUAUUUUUAUUUGUUAGAAAGUUAUUCCUUCCCCUAAGUUGAAAUCUCCUUCCCUAUAAAUUCAUUUUGCUGGUCCUUAUUCUUUCCUCUGGGGUUAAAUAGGUAUCUUCUUAUGACAAUCCUCCAGAUACUUGAAGACAGAGAUUAUGUUCCCAUUUUGUGUCUUCAGGCUAAACAUUUUCAGUUCCCUUAAGCAAUCUGUUAGGCACUAGUGUCUUUUCACAAUCCUAGUAUCUUUUCUGUUUUUUGUUUUGUUUUGUUUUUUUGACAUUUGGUAGUAUUUUUUCCCUAGGUGUAUAUUAAGAAAAAUUUUAGCAUUCAUUUUUACAAGAUUUUGAGUUUCAAAUUUUUCUCCUUUCCUCCCCCCAUCCUGAAGAUGGUAGGCAAUUUGAGAUAUUUAUUCAUAUACUAUUAUAUAAAACACAUUUCCAUAUUAGUUAAAGGUUAUAAAAGAAGCAGCAGAUCAAAAGGGAAAAAAAAAUAUGAGAAAGAAUAAAGUGAAAAAAUAUGAUGUGAUCUGCACUCUUGAGACCAUCAGUUCUUUAUCUAGUUAUGGAUAGCAUUUUUUUUUAAUUUUUAUUUAAUAAUUACUUUAUAUUGACACUCGUUUCUGUUCCGAUUUUUUUUUUCCCUCCCUCCCUCCAUCCCCUCCCCUAGAUGGCAAGCAGUCCUUUAUAUGUUGGAUAUGUUGCAGUAUAUCCUAGAUACAAUAUAUGUUUGCAGAACCGAACAGUUCUCUUGUUGCACAGGGAGAAUUGGAUUCAGAAGGUAUAAAUAACCCGGGAAGAAAAACAAAAAUGCAGAUAGUUUACAUUCGUUUCCCAGUGUUCUUUCUUUGGGUGUAGCUGCUUUUGUCCGUCAUUUAUCAAUUGAAACUCGGGUCUCUGUCAAAGAAAUCCACUUCCAUCAAAAUAUGUCCUCAUACAAUAUCGUUGUCGAAGUGUAUAAUGAUCUCCUGGUUCUGCUCAUUUCACUUAGCAUCAGUUCAUGUAAGUCUCGCCAGUCCUCUCUGUAUUCAUCCUGCUGGUCAUUUCUUACAGAACAAUAAUAUUCCAUAACAUUCAUAUACCACAAUUUACCCAGCCAUUCUCCAAUUGAUGGGCAUCCAUUCAUUUUCCAGUUUCUAGCCACUACAAACAGGGCUGCUACAAACAUUUUGGCACAUACAGGUCCCUUUCCCUUCUUUAGUAUUUCUUUGGGAUAUAAGCCCAAUAGAAACACUGCUGGAUCAAAGGGUGGAUAGCAUUUUCUUUUGUGAGUCUUUUGUCUUUGUCAUGGAUCAUUGUGUUGAUGAGAAGAGUUGAGUCAAUCAUAGUUGAUCAUCACACAAUCUUGCUGAUACUGUAUACAUGUUUUCUUGAUUCUUCCCAUUACAUUUUGCAUCAGUUCAUACAAAUUUUUCCAGGUUUUUCUGAAAUCUGCCUGUCAUCAUUUCUUAUUAAUAUUCCAUUACAUUAAUAUAUCACAUCUUGUUCAAUCAUUUCCUAAUUAAUGGGCAUUCCCUCAAUUUUCAAUUCUUUGCCACCAUGAGAAAGGCUGCUAUGAAUAUUUUUGCACAUGUAAGUCCUUUUUUCUUUUUUAUGAUCUCUUUGGGAUAUAGACUACUAAUGUAAAACAAUGGAUGCAGGAGUUCCAGAAUGGAAGGGCUGCCUGGAUGAGUGUCCUUUACACCGACAUAUAGUACUUAGCAUGUGCCACGUAAUGUGCUAAGCAAUUUACAAUUACUUCAUUUGAUCCACACAACCAACCUGGAGGUAGAUGCUUUUAACUAUUAUCCCCAUUUUACAGAUGAAAAAGCUGAGUCAAACAGGUUAAGUGAUUUGCCCAGAGUCAUGCAGCUAUUAAGUGUCUGAGGUAGGAUUUGAAUCAAGGGCUUCCUGACUUCAGGUCUAGUGCUCAAUCCACUGUGCCACCUAUCUGCACCUAAGAAAGUAAAGAUAGUGGGUGGGAAUACUGGGGGCCUUUGUUUUGAGUCCCAGUCUGCAGCUAGCUUAUUAGGUGACAUUGAGCCUGCUUCUCCUCAGUUUCCCCAUUUGUGAAAUAGUGCUUCCACUUAAUUUUUUUUUUAACAUCACCUACAUUUUCCAAUCUAUCUUUAUCCCCUUCCAGAACCCUCUCCCUCAUGAUCAAUAACUUAAAAAUUUUUUUAGUAAAACCAACUGAGUCAUUGAAAAUGGAGUUCAUUAAGUGCAGUUUCCUACCCUUUGCAAAUAAUUGAGAGGUGCCUUCUGAGAUCUUCUUAGGGUUUACCUUCCUAUAGUACUUUAUAAAAUAAUUUCCUCAUAACAACACUAAUCUAGAUAGUGUAUCUAUCAUUCCCAUUUUACACAGAAGGAAAGUGAGGUUUAGCAAGAGAAAGUGAUUUGCCCACAUUCACAAGGCCCACAGUGAAAAUCAAAUCUCCAAACUAACUGUUCAAAGCUCUUCAAAAUACACCUUCCUCUCAGUUGGGAGCAUCAAAUGGAAUUUUUUUUUUUAGUUUAGGGUCUAGAGGGCAGACUCCUGAAGGCAUCCAGAGGAGCCAGCUUGCUCUGGGACAUUCUCAUUCUUAAGAACAAAACCUAAAGCUGGAAAAUCCUAAUCUGGGCUGCUAAAGGGAUCAAAUUGUUGAGGAGCCUUCCACUCUUGGCAAUAGAAGCAAACCCUUUCUGUAAAAACUUGAAUCAAUUAAAAGCAUUAUACAAAUGAAACACUUGAGCCCAGGGAUCUUUUGUCUCUUAGGCUGGGUCUCACAGUCCACCCUACAGAGUUGGGGGAGAGGGGAAGGAGAGAGCAAUGCAGUGAGCUGGACUCAAUUUUGUUCUUUUGUUCAUGCUACUCCUAGACUUGGGAUGCUACCCUUUUUCUCUCUGCCUGUUGGAUUUCUACUCCUCUUUAAAGGCCAACUCAAAUAUCUCCUCCAUAAAACCUUCCCCAACCCCACCUCAGACUUCAACUCUGCCUUUCAUGCAUUAGCAUAUGAUAUAUAUGUAAGUGCCAUAUCUUAUCUGCCUUCUCCAACAUCCCACUAGAAUGUGAGCUUCCUAAGUCCAAUGACAAUCAUCAAACAGAACCUCAGCUAUACCUAGUAAGCCUCCAGUAGUUAUUAAAUUGAAUUUCACUAUCAGUGUAGCCGCUUCUCUGCUCACAGAAUCCAUUUGCUUCAUUUUAGAUGAGAAAAUGGUGACCCAGGGAGGUUGUGACUUGCUCCCAAGGUUCGACUGUACACCCCUGAUUCCAUCAUUAUUAUAUGCUAGGAAGGGGUAGAAAUGGAAUAUGAGUGCCGGUUCUCUUAAAGGCUAAAUCCAAUGCUCCUUUCACUAUAUCCUACUUUACUUACAAUCAAGGCAUUAAGGGAAUCUAGAACCAGAGAAUGAAUAUAAGAAUUAUGUUUUGCUAAACUCAUUUUCCUCAGUGCUGGUCUGGUAAUUGAGAUCAAAUUGUUUCUACCUUGUGAUUUAGUUGCAGUUCUCAGGGCAUUAGCUCCUUAGAUAGAACCUAUGAAAAAGAAAGAGACUCUAAGGUCAAAAAGGGCCGUGGAGACUACUGAGUUCAAUCCCCAUUUUAAAGAUAUGGAAAAUGAGGCAUAGAGCAAACAAUUAAAUGAUUUGUCCAGAGUCACACAGCUAGAAAAUGACUGAUUUGCAAUUUGAACCUGGGUGUACCUGACUUCAGGUCUGAAGGCCUAUCCAUUUUUUCCACGUUGUCUCUCUGAUGUUGAGCAAUUCAAAAAAGAAAUCGGGUCAUCAGGGGUAGUGGUAGGAGAGGGACUAAACCAUUCAUAAAGAUCCCAAGGACUACACAUUCACUUAGAAAAUCACAUUAACAUUAUCUAUUUUAUACUAUUAGGUUUUUAUUUCAUUAAAUAUUUCCCAAUUAGAUUUUAAUUGAAUUCAUGCAGUACCCAGGAGUGUUGUGAGACUCAAACUCUUCUCAUGUAGAAGACCCCAGACCCUGGCCCCAGAGCUAUCCUCUUUCACUAAUUUCUGAUCUUCCUCCAACCCCUGACACUAGGCUUAGAGCCACUUGAUCUUUGGUCCCUGAGCAUGGGAUCUGUGCAUAAAUAAAAGAAAACAUUCAUUAGUUUUUAAAGCUUCAAA